UACUGCAUCAUGGCAUAAACGACCGUUCUGCUGCAGUGACGGCGCAGUUUCUGCAAACGGUUUCUCUUUCGCGUCGGAUUAGCCUGUGGCAUCUCGUCGCCUACAGAGUUCAGCUUCAGAAUAUGCGUCAGCAGUGCUUACACGCCACCUACUGCUUCGCUUGCGGUGGCGCUAGGAAAAUUGCUGUGCAAAGUGGCGCAGAAAGGCAACUUCGUCGAGGGGCGAAUCUCGCUUUCGUCAAGCGAGAGAGACGUAAGCGUGAAGCAGAACGCCUUCGCGCGUUCGCGGCGCGUGCUGCGAACUCUGGAACUCGUAAUCCUGAAGCUUAGCGCGUCACGACUUGCUUCCGAAGACACUGGAACCCGACCAAAAUGCUCGUACCUUCGCCGAAGCGAGUCGGGAGCAGGUCGCUGCUCGCCAACAGGACGCCACGCAUCAAGCAAACCUGCAACACGGUCACCAACCCGCAAAUCGAGCUCCUUUCGCUGCAACGGAUGGACAUGCCUGGCAAAGCCCUUCUAGCUUCUUCGAUAGUUAUAGACGGAAGCCUCUGUGUCCUAUUCAUCCACACUUCCAAUGACGUCACACGGCUGCUCUGGGCACUGUACAGUGCCCGCCACUACAGCAGUCCGCCAUCGCACAGCGCCGAAGUGAGAAAACACAGAUUGGGUGUGAGGCAGAAAGGAGCUGCGACGCGAAAGCUGCCGGAGAGCUGCUGCAACGCCGCCUGCGUGGGAGCUGUCACUAAGAGCAGCCGGCCACGACCACAUUUGAACGCAGCAGCAGUUUAUUGCCACGACAUGGGCCUGCUGCUACAUGAUCUUCGGCACCAACCAACAAAGCGAAAUUGGACCGCUCUCAGCCUGUGAUCUGGCUGUGCAUACAAGGCUUAAUAUGAAUCGUGCUCGAGUACUUGUCUGGCAACCUGGAACUGAUACUGCAGUCAUCACAUCCAACUGAGGAUUUAAAAGCCAGCCAGCCAUCGUCCGCUUGGGGCACGACAUCGCUUCAAGUAUGCUUUCCUCACCGAUGCCAUUCUUGCAGGUUAGUUACCUGAUCUUUAUCGGAUUCGCUGCGUGGGACAACCUGUGCGGCGUCACCCAUGCGCAAGUGCUGGCUAUUCCGGCAACAAAUGGUUGAGCUACCAGCUCGCCCGACCGGUCGACGGAGGACCCGUUCCACUGGGAGGCCACCGAAGCCUUCUUUCAUGUCAGUGAACCAUGCCUCACGGAAGCGCUGUUUUUCCGGCUGCCACAUUGACAGACGCAUCAACGCCGGCACGCCUUAAAUGAAGCUGGAAUAGCUGGCGCCUCUUGAGUGGGAAUGAAUGCACUGCAGGCGCCAACAUGCUUCAAACACAUUUUCGUUCUUGGAUGCAGCCGGGGAAGUUCAAGGACAGCGCAUGGCCGCAGUAGGAGGAAGGUGACCUGAGAAAGAACAGGCAGCCACCAUCAGCGGAGUUCCACGGCAACUGCUGAGCGACGCCCUCCGUGAAUGCAGGCGGGACCGCGGCCACCGCAGCAGCGUCAGCGAUUCCACACUUAAUCAACUCUCGGGCUCAAACCGCCGCCUAUGGCGUAUACUGUGCUGCGACGAGAACUUUGGACUGACGGAAGGACUCGACGCAGAUGCUGAGAAAGAGAAGAGAGCCACACGGCAGAUCAACUUAUCACUGCGUCAAACCUCAAGAACAACGAUGCCCUUUUGGACCCCACACUGAUGCUACAUGCUAUGCGCCGCAAGGACGAUCCUGGAAAGCAGAAAGUCUUCGGGCUGCAUCACCGUGAAUGCGAGUUCAGAUGUGCGUGUUUGCGCCUUGCCUUUUGAGUUUUGUAAACGUGGAGAAGCCGGGAAGUCGUGCACCUCGUGCCCCUGUGUAAUAUGGGCACGCCCCUUGUAACGGAACUCUAAAGUGAAGGUGUUAGAAUGGUCAAAUCGUAGAAUCGAGUAUUCUAAGAACACCUUCAAGGCAACUGCACCACUCUCGCGCGCUGCUGAUUGAAUUCGCGAUGCCGUAAUGUAAUGCCAAUGGCUAGCUCAUAUGUCUGCGUGGUCACAUUGUUUUCAAGCACACUGCCUACCCGGUAAACAACGAAUUUCAAGCACAAUUUUGCAGACCAAUUAUGUCAAUGAAAACAGAAGAAACAACAACUCGCCGUGGGCGGGGAACAAUCUCACAUCAUCGCAUUACGUGCGACAUGCUCUAACAAAUUAACCUACCUCGGCGCGGUUUCCCCAUCCACAUUCUUGGGUAUUUAUGCGUCAGUACAAGCACUAGCCUAGGGAGUGUGAGCUAGCGCCACCACUCGCAAACCUUGACGGCGGAUGUGGAACAUCCUUUCUGCCACAGGCGUCACUAGUACGUGAUAUAUCUGGGUGAAG